UUCCAACAUGAGCUCGUUCGAGAAAGUGGUUGUCAUCGACGGUAAGGGCCACCUUUUGGGUCGCCUUGCCUCCAUUGUUGCUAAGCAGGCCCUUGCAGGUCAGCGCGUUGUUGUCGUUCGCUGCGAGGAGUUGAACGUCUCAGGUUCCUUCUUCCGUAACAAGCUGAAGUACCACGCUUUCCUCCGCAAGCGUUGCGUCGUCAACCCCGCCCGUGGUGCUUUCCACUUCCGCGCCCCCUCCCGUAUCUUCUACCGUGCCAUCCGCGGAAUGACUCCUCACAAGUCUGCCCGUGGUGCCGCCGCUCUUGACCGCAUCAAGCUCUUCGAGGGUGUUCCCCCACCAUACGACCGCAUGAAGCGCAUGGUCGUUCCCUCGGCUCUCCGUGUCCUCAAGCUCAAGCCCGGCCGCAAGUACUGCACCAUCAAGCGUGUCUCGCACGAGGUCGGCUGGAAGUACAAUGACGUUGUCGCUAACCUCGAGGAGAAGCGCAAGGUCAAGUCCAAGGCUUUCUACGAGCGCAAGAAGGCCAUCGUCAAUGUCCGCGCCAAGGCCACCGCUGCCAAGUCCUCCGAGUUGACUGCCGUCCAGGCGAAGAUUACUGCUCUUGGUUACUAA